AUGGCACGGGGAGGCGGAGCUUGCGUCGUCGUGGCGGCGGCCGCUCUGCUCCUCCUGCUUCUCGCAGGAGGCCCAGGUGGUGGCGUGCAUUGCCUGAGGUCAAGAGCAGAGAGCGGCGCCACGGUGCUGGAGCUGCGGCACCACAGCACCAGCGGCAGCUUCGGCUCAGGGCCAGGCGCGAAGAGGAGAGGAGCCUCCGACGCCGGCGGGAUCCUGGCCUCCGACGCCGGGAGGGUCUCGUGGCUGCAGCGGCGCAUCGACAGCUACGGGAAGCUGCGGACCAGGUCCUCGGGCACGGCGGCGGCGGCGGAGUCGAAGCUGGCGCAGUUGCCCGUCACCUCGGGCGCCAGGCUCCGGACGCUGAACUACGUGGCCACCGUGGGCAUAGGCGGCCGCGAGGCGACGGUGGUCGUGGACACGGCGAGCGAGCUCACCUGGGUGCAGUGCGCGCCCUGCGACGCCUGCCACGACCAGCAGGACCCGCUCUUCGACCCCGCCGCGUCGCCCUCCUACGCCGCCGUGCCCUGCAACUCCUCCUCCUGCGACGCGCUGCAGCUGGCCACCGGGAUGUCCGGCCAGCCGUGCGGCGGCGCCGACGGCCGCCCGGCCGCCUGCAGCUACGCCCUCAGCUACCGCGACGGCUCCUACUCCCGCGGCGUCCUGGCGCACGACAAGCUGAGCCUGGCCGGGGAGGACGUCGAGGGGUUCGUGUUCGGCUGCGGCACCAGCAACCAGGGCCCGUUCGGCGGCACGGCCGGGCUCAUGGGGCUGGGCAGGAGCCAGCUCUCGCUGGUGUCACAAACCAUGGACCGCUUCGGCGGCGUCUUCUCCUACUGCCUGCCUCCCAAGGAGUCCGGCUCGUCGGGAUCGCUCGUCCUCGGCGACGACUCAUCCUCGGUGUACCGGAACUCCACGCCGAUCGUGUACACCUCCAUGCUCUCCGACCCAGCUCAGGGGCCCUUCUACUUCCUCAACAUGACCGGGAUCACCGUCGGCGGCCAGGACGUGGAAUCCUCCGCAGCCUUCUCGUCCGCCAAAGCCAUCAUCGACUCUGGGACGAUCAUCACGAGCCUCGUCCCAUCGGUGUACAACGCGGUGAGGUCCGAGUUCUUGAGCCAGCUCGCAGAGUACCCGCAAGCGCCUGCCUUCUCCAUCCUCGACACAUGCUUCAACCUGACGGGGCUGAACGAGGUGCAGGUUCCUAGUCUGAAAUUCGUGUUUGAAGGUAAUGUGGAGGUGGAGGUGGACUCCAAGGGCGUGCUCUACUUCGUCAGCACUGAUUCUUCGCAGGUGUGCCUGGCUCUGGCCUCGCUGAAAUCCGAGUAUGACACUUCGAUCAUCGGGAAUUACCAGCAGAAGAACCUCAGAGUCGUAUUUGACACCCUAGGGUCGAGGAUUGGGUUUGCGCAAGAGACUUGUGAUUAUAUUUGA